AUGAGGAGCACUUUAGUACAUGCAAAUGAAGCGAAGAAAUUUCGUUGGAUUUUCGGCAUCGUUGCAACAUUCGAUGAAGUGCUUGACAAUUUGACAAGAUUUAACUUGGUUCUUGAUGUGGCUUUUGUAAUUGGCCAAACGAUGUUUCCAGCUGUUUGUGGAGCCAAUGCCUUGUUUUUUGCAUUUAAGACAAUAGCACAUGUAUACGACGUGUUUGGUAGUACAAGUGAGCUGUUUACGGAUUUUGAAAUGCUUCUUUGUAGCGUUGCAGGUAAAAGAGUCGACGUGAUCAACAAAGUUGCUGCAAGAAUCGCAUUUCUUCUCACAUGGUUGAAUUCGUCAUCUGAAGAGCAAAUCCGACGCAAUCGUGUAGCAACGCCAAGCGAUAUGCCAUCUUUUAAGCGUUUUGGAUGGCACGAGUUGCCGUGGAGAUACAUAAGACUACUUGUUGGUUUGCAGUAUACCGAUGUAGAAAGUUUUUUCUCCUUUAUUUCGAUCCGCAAAUCAAGAAAACAUAUGGAUUUCCCGCCGACUUCCAUUGUGAACUCGAUUCCAGGUGCUAAGGUGUUGAUGAAAUCGAGAAAUGUUCGUAAACGAUUCGGAUCGCCACACCAAAGGGACAAACAAUCGUCGCAGUAUCGACCAAAGUAUUUGAUCUCUGGAAAUUCGUUAUCCAUUGUUGCAAGAACAGCAUCAUCAACGCAUUUGAUGGCGAUGUCAGCGUAUGAACAAGAGUUGGCAGCUCCCAUGGCAGUUCCAUUCGUUUGCAUGAGAUGCUUUCCAUCGAAUGUAGAGUUGUUGUGCGUGAGGCAAAUCUUCAGUGCUUCAACAAGGCAAGCAGUUGAAGGUGAUUGUUCUGCUCUGGUUUCAAGACAGCUACGUACAGCAUUUAUUCCUAAAGUGUUGUCGAUGCUAGGGAACAUGUUUACGAUAUCAAAUGAGACAAGUAUGGUGUUGUCGGUAAUCGUUUUCGAAUUCAAGUUGUCAAUUAUUUGCAAGAGAUGUUGGGUAUCCUUGAUCCUUGUAGCAAUCGAUUCGGCCAUUGGAGCACAAUGUUUCUCAACAAAGAUUGCAAGAUUCUCAAUGGCGGUGUUGCAUCCUGUAGUGAGGAGACGAACAGGUGUACCAGCCUUGAUAUAA